AAAACAAGUAAACAUAACCUCAUUUCGUGCAAUUUACUCUUAAAACUCUAAAUAAUCGAACAAGAUGGUUUUGCUCCAGUUUUGGAGGAAUUUUAGUACAACGAUGAGACACCUAAAGUCAGUUAAAUUGAAAAAUGUGAAGGGUACGAGCUCACACGAGUGGCUCUCUCGCCAACUCGCAGACCCCUACGUAGAGAAGGCAAAAAUGAUGAAUUACAGGUGUCGCAGCGCCUUCAAAUUGCUCGAAAUCGACGACAGAUUCAAAAUUUUGCGGCCCGGAUUUGUCGUUAUUGAUUGCGGGGCUGCGCCCGGCUCGUGGUCGCAACUGGCCGUCAAGAGGGUGAAUUCCGACGGGUUUGACCCUAAACAAGCCCAAGGAGUGGUUAUCUCAAUUGACAAGCAACAAGUUUUCGCAAUUAAUGGGGCUACGAUUUUGGGGAAUAUGGACUUUACUGACCCGAAAUCGCAAGAUGUGUUAAUUGAGACGCUCAGAGGGAGGAAAGCUGAUGCUGUUAUUUCGGAUAUGGCCCCCAACGCAACCGGUGUUAAGGACUUGGACAAUGAGAAUAUAAUUCGGCUGUGUUAUAGUGUCCUGAGGUUUGCUGUGCAAAAUUCUCAAGUUGGGGCUAGUGUCGUGGUGAAAUUGUGGCAGUGUGGGCAAGCGAAACAAUUAGAAAAUGACUUGCGGAAAUUCUAUGAUAGUGUUAAAUUUGUAAAACCUAAUUCGAGUCGGUCAGAUUCCGCCGAAAUUUUCUUACUCGGGAGGGACUUUAAGGGACUAAAAGUCUAGUUUGAAAAAUAUUCUUUUACUUAUAAAUAUGUACAAUUCACAUAAAGCGCUCUAUCACAAGAGAAACACAGAAAAAACCUCUACCCAGGCUGUGUUUGUUCACUUAGCGCGUGCGUUCUAGGACUGGAUUAUUGCUCUUUUCGCUCCUAUUAACUGAAAAAUGCUCAAGAUGAACUGAUCGACGGCCUGCUAUCCUAAGAAAAAGUGUAUUUGUUCGUCUUUAAAUUGCAAAUCUUUGAACAACUGUUGCGUCAAAGUUGUAAAAAUCGUGGGGCCGCAGACCAUAAAGUAAAUAUCGUUUUUAACA